CCACGUCCAGCCUGGCCUCGCAGGCUCCCAGGGCCGGGGCAGCGGCGGUUUCAGCGCGCUGUGCCCGUGCUGCGGGCCCGGGGCGGGCUCGGGGCGGAGCGGAGCCGGGACUGCAUUUCCCGGCAGCGCCGGGCGCCGAGCGGCCGCGGCCAUGGCGGAGCGGGGCCGGGGCUGGGCCCGCGCCGUGCGGGGGCUGCUGCUCGAUGUCAGCGGCGUCCUCUACGACAGCGGAGCCGGCGGCGGCGUCCCCAUCGCCGGCUCGGCCGAGGCCGUGCGCAGGAUGCAAAGAAGGUGUUAUCAGAUGGAUCAGAGUUCCCAGUGCUGUCAGAGAGCAAUAUUUGAACCAACAGUACAGUCAGAUGGAGCAGAAACAUGGCCAGAGAAGCUGAUGGACACUGGAACACCCUGAGCAAGGUGACAUUCACUGCUGUAGAGACCCUCCUGAGCAAGGCAUCAGUAAUGGUGAAACACUGAGUGUAACAGCUGGGAAUGCUUUGUUUAUUGCUGGUGUACCUGCAGCCCUGACAAAUCUCACCUGUGAAAUACUGAAGGCUUCAGUGUGCACUGAGAGGAGGUUGGAGGCUGAGAAGGUGAACCCCAGGAGUGUUUGUUGAGCAGAGCUUGUGUCCUGUGCUCCAGGGAUAAGGUGAGUCUGGAUCCUUGUUACUCAUCCAGACUGUGGCAGCCAGGCACCGUUCCUGGCAUCUCUGGAGCCAGGAAUGUCUCUAAAUUCUCCAGGGACUGUUGUUAUCUUUAGGUGGGGAUAUUACAGCAGUGGAUGGCUAAAAAAGCCAAAAGUGGCUCGGUAAGAUAAUUUAUCCCUUUAAAACUUUUAAGACACAAUGUUUCUUGAUUGUUUAACUUACUGUGGCACAGUUUUUGUUGUUGUGUCGAAAAAGUUACACAAACCCCACCCAUCUCUUCCCAGCGUGUGCAGUUCCCUGGCAGAUGCUUUGGAGCAGAUCAGAAAGCCCAUGGGUGAGAUCACAAGGGCCAUCAGUGACUUAAAGGCUUCUCCUGGAGCCAGCCCUAACAGAGCCUCCGUGCCGUGCUGUUAUUGCCUUAAUCGAUUUACACAGCAUUGACACGAGGUGAGCUAGCUGCUUUUUAUCUUACAAAUAGCAGGGAGCUGGUCCCUUACAAGACAGAAGGUGGUUAAACACCCAUAAAAGAUGCUCAGCCUGUGCUCUGGCAUUUGCAUUUACGGCUGUGUGCUGAUAGUGUGUCCAUUAGCAUAUCCAUAUGAAAAGCACACAGUAGCUGGGGGUUUACAACAUCCUGUUGUUGGGCUGGGAUGGUGCAUCUGUUAGCACAGCUUUCUACAGAGCCCUUGAAAAGGGCAGCGGAAAUCUGGGGAGCAGGGAGGCUGGGGAGCAGCUGGACACUCCUGUUAAAAUAAAAUACCUGGAGAGUCUCACAAGGAGAAGAUUGUGAGGAGAACAAGCGGAACUGGGACUGUAAAACAAUUCAGGGUGUGGGGGUUCAGAGGAGGUGGGAGCUCACAAAGAGCCUUUUGGAAGUGUGUGUGCCACGAGGAGGAGGAGGAAAUCUUUGUUGUCACAGCAGAUAAUGUGGCUUAGC